AUGGGCCGACUCCUUGGGUCGUGCUUACUUCUACUAGCAUGUGGUGUCCUUCGGGUUGCAGCUGGUGGUGCAGCCCCAACAUUCGAUAACAUUGCCACAGACGGCAGCACUCGAGUUAGCAUCAGCGAGAGCGCCGGGACUGGGUCGUCCGUGUUUCAAGUCCAGGCUACGGACCCGGAGGGUGAUACCAUCACGUACAGUCUGGUCAGCCCUCCGGCUAACUUCAAAAUCACUGGCCAAGAAAUACAAGUAGAUACAGCUCUAGAUUUCGAAACAACACAGAACUAUGUCCUGCAAGUUCAAAUUGUCGACGGAACCAACACAGUUACGGCAGAUCUGAACGUCGACGUCACCGACGUGAACGACGAAACUCCGACCCUGAGCGGCGGGACGACGGCAGCCUUUAACGAAGAGCAAGCGGCGGGCACGACGGUCUCGUUCGGCUUCACCGUGACCGACACCGACGCAGGCGACACACUGACUUACUCACUCACCGGAGCACAUGCUGCUUAUUUUAACGUGGAUUCGACAGGGGUAAUAACAACAUCCCAAGUUUUAGACUACGACAUCACAUCUCCCAUCACAACGUAUUCAAUCACGCUCAACGUCCUGGAUGCAGCCAGUCACUCACUGGCAACGCCUUUGACAGUAACAUUAAACGACAUCAACGACAACACCCCGAUAUGUACACCCAAUAUAUAUUAUCGUGAUGUCACAGAAAACACCGCCUCUGGCACUUCUGUGGCAACAAUUGCAUGCACGGACGCCGAUUCUACCCCUAACAGUGACAUCACGCUAAGUAUUGUAAAUGGAGAUGACGCCACGCCGAAAUUUAGCGUUUCCGGCACCGACGUCGUCACAUCAGCCACUGCCAUCGACUAUGAAACUGUGACGUCAUACACCCUGGUGUUGCAUGCGGUGGACGGAGGAACGGUGAAACGGACGGGAACAGCCACGCUGAUUGUGACUGUUUUGUCGCAGAAUGAGGCUGCGCCUGCCUGGCUUGCCUUUACGCCAGCUUAUGGGGGAUCAGGAUCACCCUACAGCAUCUUGGAAAAUGUUGCCAUAGGAACAACAAUAGCUACUGCUGCGGCAUCUGAUGCUGACAAUGGAAUAGACGGAGUGGUCAAUGGUGAUGGUGAGGAUCAUGGUGGUGAUUUUGAUUAUGACAGUGGUGAUGGUGAGGAUCAUGGUGUUGAUGUUGAUUAUGACAGUGGUGAUGGUGAGGAUCAUGGUGGUGAUUUUGAUUAUGACAGUGGUGAUGGUGAGGAUCAUGGUGUUGAUGUUGAUUAUGACAGUGGUGAUGGUGAGGAUCAUGGUGUUGAUUUUGAUUAUGACAGUGGUGAUGGUGAGGAUCAUGGUGUUGAUGUUGAUUAUGACAGUGGUGAUGGUGAGGAUCAUGGUGUUGAUGUUGAUUAUGACAGUGGUAAUGGUGAGGAUCAUGGUGGUGAUUUUGAUUAUGACAGUGGUGAUGGUGAGGAUCAUGGUGUUGAUGUUGAUUAUGACAGUGGUGAUGGUGAGGAUCAUGGUGGUGAUUUUGAUUAUGACAGUGGUGAUGGUGAGGAUCAUGGUGUUGAUGUUGAUUAUGACAGUGGUGAUGGUGAGGAUCAUGGUGGUGAUUUUGAUUAUGACAGUGGUGAUGGUGAGGAUCAUGGUGUUGAUAUGGUGGCAGCACGGUGA